GUUGCGAAAAGCAUUCAUUUGACGGAUAGCAGCGAUAGCGAGAGGUUGUUCUUCCCGCGCCUCGACAUUCUUCUGUCAGUUCAGUGUGCGCAGCGUUCCCGCGUGUGCGUGUGUGUGUGUUAGUGGAAUUAUUGUUGUGCUGUGUCGGUAUUUUUCCGGACGCGUCCGGCGCGCGCCCUUUUGGAUUUUAUCAGUGAUUAAUCAUCCCAAAACCACCUGCUCCCGUGCCCACGAUGGACGUAAUAGUGAGUGCUGGUGGUGGUGGUGGUAGUGGUGCCACCGGCAGCAGCAAUCCGGCGACCGGCCCGUCCCUACCGGCGACUGCCCCGACCGCGUCCGCCGUGGCCGCGGCCAUCGCGUCCCGUUCGCUGCGAGUGCGCACAUCGAGCCAGAGCGGCGGCAAGCAGUACGGCGAGGCGCUCAGCGAAAUUCAGCUCUGCCCCAGCGUCAUGUCCGAGGGCACGCGGAAGAUGCUGCCCCCGACGACCGAAACCAUCCAGACGAAACCGUUCCCGAUACGGGGCGAGCGUGCCAACUAUGUGAACAGCCCGCACGUGAUUGCGAUGGUCGGGCUGCCGGCCCGCGGCAAAACGUACAUCUCGAAAAAGCUGUCCCGCUACCUAAACUGGAUCGGCAUCAACACGAAGGUGUUCAAUCUGGGCGAGUACCGGCGCCAUGCGACCGACGCCUACCGCAGCCAUGAGUUUUUCCGCCCGGACAAUGAGGAAGCGAUGGCGAUCCGGCAGCACUGUGCCGAGCUGGCGCUGGAGGACGUUUGCAACUGGUUGGAAAAUGGUGGCGAAGUGGCGGUGUUUGAUGCUACAAAUUCUACCCGCGACCGGCGUCAGAUGAUACGCGAAAUUGUGGUAAAAAAGAUGGGCUACAAGCUCUUUUUCGUCGAGUCGGUCUGUGACGAUCCCAGCAUUAUCGAACAGAACAUUAUGGUCAAGAUCAGUGGCUUGGAGCAUCAUCCGCCAUUAAUUCCGAACGAGGAAGUAAAAGUAAGUAGCCCCGACUAUCGGAACAUGAACAUGGAUGAAGCGUUGUCGGACUUCCGGCUGCGCAUCGAGCACUACCAGGAACGGUACGAGCCGCUGAGCGAGGAGCUGGAGAAGGAUCUGUCCUACAUGAAGAUCUACAACACGGGCGAAAAGGUGGUGGUGCACAAGCACGAGGGACACAUACAGUCGCGCAUCGUGUAUUAUCUGAUGAACAUUCACAUUACCCCCAGAACGAUCUAUCUCACCAGACACGGAGAAAGCGAACACAACCUACAGGGACUGAUCGGUGGCGACUCCAAUCUGAGCGAACGGGGCCGCCGCUACGCGCAAGCACUUGCCAAGUACAUCGACGAGCAGCAGAUCGAAGGGCUGCGCGUGUGGACGUCCUGGCUCAAAAGGACAAUACAAACCGUCGCCGAUGUGAACGCACCGCAGGAACGCUGGAAGGCGCUGAACGAAAUCGAUGCGGGCAUUUGCGAGGAAAUGACAUACGAAGACAUUCAGCUGCGUUUCCCGGAAGAGUUUAAGGCACGCGAUCAGAACAAGUUCGCCUAUCGCUAUCCGCGCGGCGAGAGCUACGAAGAUCUGGUGGUGCGGCUGGAACCGGUCAUGAUGGAGCUGGAGCGGCAAGGGAACGUGCUGGUCGUGUCACACCAGGCCGUGCUGCGCUGCGUGCUGGCAUACUUUUUGGACAAAUCUGCCGAUGAACUUCCGUACUUGAAAGUGCCUCUCCACACGAUCAUCAAGCUGACGCCGGUCGCGUACGGUUGCAAGGUGGAACACAUUAUGCUCCCAAUUCAUGCCGUCGAUACGCAUCGCGCCAAACCAGAGGUACCGGGUCAGCUAGAUGCAAAGUUUGUGGGGAAACCAAACCCAAACCCAGCGGAGAAAAAGUAGACCAUUAAACACCGAAGGAUCUCUGACUCUCUGCCUCAUUCUCUCCCCGCGGCUGGAAUGCGCUUUUGCGGUAUAUUUUUGGUAUGGCUGAUUGCAAUCACGUAGCAUUUUGAUAUUGCAUCCCCAAAACACCCUGACACCCAACGAUGCCAUUGAUCGAAAUCGUUGCCUUUAGAUACUUCUCCAGUUGGUAGGAAAUGGGAUGAUACGCCUAGCAGGGUCGUAGAAAUGGUAGUUCCAUACCGAGUCCAGUGUGUCGAUCAAACACGUUCGUACCUUUGCUAUCCUAAGAGAUGUUGGUGAAAUGGACAGACGAUGCACAGAGUUAUGUACAAGACAGUCGUAGUAUGUGUAAGGGAAAUGGUAGAGAAUAUGAAGUUGUAAAUAAGAUUACAGAAUCAGCCAAUCGCUUAUUGUUUGGUUGUAUGCUUUUUUUAAAUACGUUGUACGAUUUUUUUCGCUACAAAUCUAUAGCACUCCUCAAACAUGAUUGUGCAUUUGUUGGUUCUCUUCUAAUUUGUCGAUAUUUAAAGCUAGUUUAGUGGAAAAAAAAAACAUUAAACGUCACUAAAAGACAUAUGAUUUGUGGGGUAUGUACGUAAAAUCUUGGUAAAACCUCAGAUUUUGAUUGUGCAAAAUGGUUAAUUUAAUGAAGUAUAACAAAAACGAAGGUAAAACACACACAUACAUUCAAAGAACAACAUUUAUUAUGAUAGAUGUCCUAUAGCUGUUGUUCAGGAAUAUUCUCUUAUAGGAUUCCUUGCCCGAGUCUGAACAGUCGUAGGUUAGCGAAUGAAAUAAAAACAAACAGCACAGGAUCAAGUAAUAACUACCCUAGACACAUAUAAAUAUAGCAAAAGCAGGCUCUUUACAGGGUAUAAGAACAAUCGAAACUAAAACUGAAUAAAAACAGCAGCUCGCGCAAAACACAA